GUUACUGUCAGUCACAGUCGGACCAUUCGAGUGAUCAGAUGCAAUCGAAGACCCGUACAGCAACGGUACGAUGGUGACGUGCGCGUUAGAUGGUGUUAUUACCUUCGGUUUGGCACUGUUGCUAGCGUCGGUGGUCGGUGCGGACCCGCUCGAACCGGACUGCUCUCUGGCGCGUUCUGCAGCAGCAGCAGCAGCUGCCACACCCGGAUGGCAACCGCGAACUCCGGAGCAAACGCUGUACGCGUACGUACGCUGCCUCAACGAUUCGUCCGCCAGCAUCGAGAUGAAAAUCCGCUGGGUCAUGUGGCAGCCGGACCAAUCGCCCGAGAGCCAAUGCUACGUCAAGUGCGUCAGCGAAGAUCUGCGGCUGUACGACCCCGCCCGGCGCCAGUUCGUGCCGGAACGGUUCGAGCAGCAGGCGCGUGCAUUCCACGAAGAUCCGAACUCGGCCGACCUUCAGCAGCUCUACGACGACGCGAACCGGUUGCUGGUGGGCGAACUGCCCGACAGCGAGUGCUCGACCGUGUUCGCGAAGUACGCACCGUUCUACGCCGUACACCAGGAGCAGAUACUGGACAUCUUCCACGGUGACCUACGCAAGAUCCUGGUCACGUACAAACAGCUGGGACCGCGCGUCAAACAGAUCGGACAGCACUUCAUGGACUACUGCGAGAAGCGGUACGGUUUCGUGUGGUCGGAGGAGGAACAACGCCGCUGUCCCGAUCGGACCGCGGUGGACUGCAUACUGCACGGCUUCCGCUGGGUCACCGAGGAGGGCACGGUGAAUGUUGCGGAGAUUGUGCGAGAUUACGGCGGGUUUGGGGUGGCGGCCAGCGACCUCGAGCGAUGUCAAGUAGCGGAUGAACUGUACUGGUGCCUACGCGCUAUCAGUGCAGACAAACUAUCGGCAGUGAUACGGCAGCGCAAUGCCCAGACCGCGUACUACUUCGAUCAAUCGUCCGAGGAUGAGCCGUGGAAGUCGGCCGUCGAGUUUGGUACGUCGCGGCUGAAUCGAGCGUCUUGAAAGGGAGGAAACGGUCCUUACUCGAGGUGUAGAUACGUUACAAAUGAAUAAUUUUAUAAACAGCAUCUUUUGUGAAUAAGUUUGUGCUAUUGAAAUAAACCAAACAGCGAUCGGUAAACUGUCUAUUUAGAUUAAGUAACUAAUUUUUGAAUAUUUUUUUUAAUAAAUUUGGAAG